GGGUGCGGCGCAGGGGGACGGGCCGCCGCGGUUCUCCGGGCCGCGGCCGCGAUGUGGAGCGGCCUACGGGGCUGGGUUGGCGUGACCGGGGCCUCCGGGAGCCUCGGCACCCGGCUCCUCACCAACGGCCGGGAGGCGGCGGGGGUAGCGGGCAGGCCUUACAGCAAAAUAGAGAAACUCUUCAGCACAAGCAGCGUGCUCCCUGCUGAGAAAGAUGAAUCUGCAGCUUCCAAAGGCAGCACCACUGAAGUCUCAUCAAAGAGUCAGGAGGGUACAUCAGAAAAACCAAAGCAGAAGUUAUUAGACAUUAUUGGUAAUAUGAAAGUAGAAGUGAGCUACAGGAACAAACUCCAGCAGUUAAAAACACGUGAUGUAAAAAAGCAAGAUACAAACAAGCUGGAAAGCCCAGAGAGUGAAGGUAGUGUGCUUCAGAAAACUACAGAAGGCACACAGAGAGGCAAACCUUUAAAUCCAGAACUGGUGAAGGCUGCUUCAGCAGUUGCAUCUUCCCUACCACUCAACAAGAAACAGAUGGAAUCAGAACUACUUGCACAACUCAGACGACAUGAAGAAACCACAGAUAAACAGAAAAAGGGGACCCUUAUUGAUAUACGCAAUGUUAUUUCAGAAAUGACAGUUAAAAGGCAGUCCCCAGCUCAGAGAGCUGCCAGGAUAUCCAAUCGCAUUUCCUUGCAAUUGGAUGAGGAUCAAAGGAUCAGGCCUGGAAGAAUGUCAUCUCAGACUUCUGAAUCCAGAAGAAGUCUCAAAGCAGGAAAGAGGCUUAAUAUAUUCACCAAGGCAGAAACAGAGAAUACACUGAAAACAGUAUCCACACCAACAAUUUGGGAUCUGGAAUUAGCAAAGGAGAUUGCAGCAGUAACUGCUCAGCCUCCCCGGAACGGUUUUGAGGAGAUGAUUCAGUGGACAAAAGAAGGCAUACUGUGGGAGUACCCAAUUGACAAUGAAGUUGGGAUGGAUGAUAAUGCUGAAUUUCAUGAACAUAUCUUCCUGGAGAAACACCUUGAAAACUUCCCCAAGCAAGGACCUGUUCGCCACUUCAUGGAAUUAGUUAUCUGUGGGCUUUCAAAAAAUCCAUACCUCAGUGUGAAGCAGAAGGUUGAACAUAUUGAGUGGUUUCAUAAGUAUUUUGAGGAAAAGAAGGAAUUUCUUCAACAGAAUUGAGACUUGGGAAAGGGCUUUACCAAUGACAUGAAGAAUCAUUGCAUCAAAACUGAUCACUUCUUGCAAUGGAAAUACUGUCAGUGUGUACUAAUCAAGUGUCCUAAAAGUUGUACUUUAAAUAAUAAACUGAAAAGUUAUACUUUCA